AAGAAAAAAAAGACAAGUGAGUGAGAGAGAGAGAGAAUGGCAUUGCCAAGGUUUCUAGUGCUGAAAUCAAACUAUAACAACAAAUACUUGCGCUACAUAAAUGAAGAUGUGCAAGUGCAUGGGUUUGUCCAAUUCUCCGGAGAGGAGGUUGUGAGCCCGUACGUAAAGUUUCAGGUGGAGUUAGCAAAGAGUGGAAGUGGAAAUCUGGUGCACAUAAGGUGUUGUUACAACAACAAAUACUUGGUAAGGUGGUCAGCCAAUCACUGGUGGAUUGUUGCUGGGGCUGACGAACCAAAUGAAGACCAAUCCACAUGGUCAUGUACUUUGUUCGAGCCCACCUACGUACAGGGCACCGCUAGUGAUGGUGAUGCUCAAACACUCCGAUUUCGCCAUGUCCAGCUCGGUCACUAUGCAUGCUUAUGGAGAAGUACUUCACCCGCACAUUAUGCCUGCUUACUUGCCAGUUCCGCAGAUAUUGACAAAGAUGGUUGCGAUGUCUACACAAUCAUCGAUUGGGAAUCGCUGUUGAUAUUGCCCAAACACGUCGCCUUCAAGGGCAAUAAUGGCAACUUCCUUAGCGCCCGCACCAUCGAGGGACACCCAUAUCUGCAGUUCGCAUCCAGUGACAUUGGAGACGAAAGAGUAGGGAACGAGGUUUUCACCACUCAUGGCGGGAGCAUUCGCAUAAAGUCCGAUUUCUUUGGCAAGUUCUGGAGGCGCAGCCCUAAUUGGAUCUGGGCCGACUCAGAUGACACCACCAGCAACAACUCCGACACGUUGUUUUGGCCUAUCAAAGUGGAGGACGAUAUCAUCGCUCUCCGCAACUUGGGUAACAACAAUUUCUGCAAGAGCCUCACCACCGAGGGAAAGACCAAUUGUCUCAAUGCCGCUGUCAGCACCAUAACCAAAGAGGCACGCCUGCAGGUGUACGAAACUGUUCUCUCCAGGAGAAUCUAUAAUGUCAAUUUCCGACUCAUG